AGAUUUUAAUUUGUCAAAAACGCAAAGUUGAAACAUAAACUUCCAAUCACUCUUCAUAAAAAAUAUACCAGAGGUUUAGUUCUGUGUAGUUUUACAAAAUUUCUCGAAAUGACCACCGCGCUUGAGCCAGCUCGUGAAAAAGCUUUACAGGAUUACCGCAAAAAAUUGUUGGAACAUAAGGAAGUCGAAUCCAGACUCAAGGAACUACGAGAAUCUUUGAAAGAAUUGACAAAACAAUUCGAUAAGUCCGAAAAUGAUCUGAAGGCGUUACAGAGUGUUGGUCAAAUUGUUGGAGAAGUUCUAAAGCAGCUAACCGAGGAUAAGUUUAUUGUAAAAGCAACUAAUGGACCCCGUUACGUCGUAGGCUGUCGUCGGCAGCUGGAUAAAACUAAGUUGAAAUCUGGAACCCGUGUAGCAUUGGACAUGACUACGCUGACUAUUAUGCGAUAUUUACCUCGUGAAGUUGAUCCGCUAGUCUACAACAUGUCUCACGAGGAUCCCGGCGAAGUUCUGUAUUCUUCCAUUGGUGGUCUUUCUGAGCAAAUUCGCGAACUGCGUGAAGUAAUCGAAUUGCCGCUGCUGAAUCCGGAACUCUUUUUGAGAGUCGGAAUAACACCGCCAAAAGGGUGCUUACUCUAUGGACCUCCCGGUACGGGUAAAACUCUUCUGGCCCGAGCUGUAGCAUCCCAAUUGGAUGCCAACUUUCUUAAAGUAGUUUCAUCGGCCAUAGUCGAUAAGUAUAUCGGAGAAUCAGCUCGCUUGAUUAGAGAGAUGUUCAAUUACGCCCGAGAUCAUCAACCGUGCAUUAUUUUUAUGGACGAAAUCGAUGCCAUUGGAGGAAGGCGAUUUUCCGAGGGUACUUCGGCCGAUCGUGAAAUCCAGCGAACGUUGAUGGAGCUUCUUAAUCAAAUGGAUGGGUUCGAUUCACUUGGGCAAGUGAAAAUGAUUAUGGCUACUAAUCGGCCGGAUACGCUGGACCCUGCACUUUUGCGCCCGGGACGUUUGGAUAGGAAAAUUGAAAUUCCUCUACCAAACGAGCAAGCAAGACUGGAAAUUUUGAAAAUACACGCAAGUCCCAUUGCUAAGCACGGAGACAUUGACUAUGAAGCAGUGGUGAAACUUUCGGAUAAUUUCAAUGGAGCAGACUUGCGCAACGUUUGUACUGAAGCCGGGCUGUUUGCAAUCCGUGCUGAGAGAGAGUACGUUAUCCAAGAGGACUUUAUGAAAGCCGUACGAAAGGUUGCUGACAAUAAAAGAUUGGAAAGCAAGUUAGAUUACAAGCCGGUUUAGGCAGAGGUAACCUGAUUUUUAUCAAACUAUAUUAUAUGAACUGUUUAUGUAUUUCACAAAACAAUCCAUUGCUUAAAAAAUGCGUGAAAAUCUAAUGGAAACAGAAAAACUAUUUAUUUCCCUUUUCCUCUA